AUGGACAUCAACUCCAACAUGACCUUCAACGAACCUAGCGAGAUGAUGGACAUCGAACAGCCUAGUAUGGGUAUACAUGACGCGGACGAUGCCCAGAAAACCACCCAAGAAGUUGCGUUCGACAUGAUCGACAGUGUUAUGGGUACACCGGCUCCCGAUGGUACCACAGACAAAUACUCGACACCCCACGUCCUACUUACAAGACCUGUGUCGGACGAGACGCCAAAGUCUAUUCCGGCUCAGGGUUUGGACUCGACGCACGCAGAGUACCCUGAGGUCACGGACAUACCUUCUAUUCAAGAGCUGUUCGCUUCAUACGCUACAAGCUUUCCAGCGCCGUCCAAGAUCGGAAAUAAGGGUUUCGACUACGUCAAGUACUUCGACCCAGCCCGUAUGACGAAGGUGCGAGCGAAGCACCAGCCCCGCCUUGAUAUAGCCAAGGAACUAGCCGCCACCUUGCUGGAACACUACUAUCCCGAGGAACAAGGCUACCGUGUCGAGCCGGUUCAAUUGCCUCUCUCACAGUUUGGUGGUUGGCGCACCUGGAUCUACCCAGAAGACUGUUAUGCAGCGACCAAGCGAAAGGCCGACAACUUGAAAGCGGGUUUGAAGAAGAACCCAAAGCCUGUGUAUGAAACAUGGGGCGGUAACAUACAGGCGGAUAAGUUCCAUCGAAUUCUGCCCGAACAUAUCGCCGGCUACGUUGUCCUGAGCGAGGUGCAAUUUGAAGAUGGGUCGACGGGUUGGGCGCAGCAUACAUACUUGGCUAUCAUGAUGGACGACCUGGAUACGUUCGAGCACUGGGUUCCCGAGAAGCUAAUGCGCCCAGAGAAGAACUUCGUGUCCAUGCCGCGCGCCGAUGUUCUGAGCGAUUCCAUGGGUCGCCAGGCCGAAAUCUCCCACGGAUACGCCAUUCUUAUGUUGGGUCCGCGCUUCGAGUUCUACAACUACCAGGCGAAGCCAGCCUGGGAAGAGAAGCCCUGGGAACAUUACCUUGGUCCGGAUCCCGAGAAUGAUCCAGAUCACGACCCUGAUUCUGCGGCCGAGGACCAGACUUCAUGUUUUUCGCACUUCGAUGGCCGCGACGUCGACAACGACAGCUGGGUGGUGGAUAUCCGCUCAAAACCUCCCACAGAGACUGUGGCAGCAGUCGACAGGCUGUUCAAGAGCGUUGUCGGCCGCGACGUGGAGUACCGCGACGGCUACUCCCUCCCCGGGCCCAAGAUCUAG